AUGGCGCUCGUGGGAAGCGCGGGCGAGGAGGUGAUGUUGGUGAGCGGCGACGCGGGCGCGCACCAACUCGGACGCGUCGUCGCGGUGAGAGAUUUUAUAAUCACUCAAAACGGUGCGGACGGUGCGUUCGUGAUCGAGGCGAACGUGGUGGAGAGUGUAGAGGGCGAAGACGGCGCGAUGGAUGGGUCGCUCGCGUGCAGACUUCCCGAGGUUGGGGGCGUCGAAAACGACGCCCGGUCGCUCAACGGCAAGGCUGGGGCGUGUCAUCGGGGCGUCCUCGAGGCCGUGAGUCCGAUGAUCUUCACGGGAGACUCUAUUUUCUUUCAAUGUGUGUUGCGGAGCGAAAACGGAGGUCAAGUCCCGAUCAUUUUUAGCGGAGCCUUCCUCGCGCGCUGGCAGUGCGUGUUGAGACGAGCAGUCGGCUCCAAGGUGGAGCUGAGAAACUUGAGAAAAGUUGUCCUAUUCAAGGGGGAUGAGGUGCACGAACUGCGCGCGUUUUCCGCCACUUCCGAGUUUUACGUCGUAUCGCUGAGUUUUGGCCCGCGUAUGAUGGAGAGAUUCGCGUGCGCGUGCGAGACAUGCCUCGCGGCGACGACGGUGCCUAGAUUUGAGGGAAUGGUGACAUCCGUCGUCGCAGAUCGUGGGUACGUCACGAUUCUCGGCGAGGACGGGCUGGAGGUGAAGCUCACGUUCACUCACGUGCCCAUGAUGGAUUUUGGGCUCACGAUUCUUGGUCUUCGCACUGGAGCGACGGUUUUAGUGACGCACGCACACCCAGUGUGGCGCUCGAAUGACGAAGACGAACGCAUCCUGGAGAUUCUCGGGGUGGAUCUUCGGACGCAAAUCAUAAUCAAAAGCGUCUCUUUAGAGAACGCAAGUGAUAUGCAGCACACGCUGUUUGUAGAUGAACGCAACGCAAAGGUAAGUCGUCUUUCCCGAUCGCUCAAGUAUACCGUGGAGCAAACGAGUUUCGUGUACGCAGCCGCCCUCGACGUGUGGCGGCGUGCCUUUGAGGAAAAUUUCAACAUCUUGAGCCGAUCGGACCAUUUGAGAGUGUCGGUAAUGGAGCAAGCGCUCGGUAAGAUAUGCGACACGAGCUCGGAGCAAGCGCCCGCUCCGCUCCUUCGCGUCGUCGGUGAAUGGUCAUCAAACGUUCAUGUUAGAUCAGAUGUGUACAGGGAAGUUUUUUCACCGCAGCCGCUGGGAGGAGUGGCUGUCGAUUAUUUUGACGUGCCAUCGUUAAACUCGGUUUCAGAGAGUGCCUUCGCUAGUUGGAAGCGGGAAAAUCAAGACGCACACGCGUGCAGUCGCGGGAUCACGCGAGGUGAGGGUAAGGUUGUCAUUCGCGCGGUUGAACGCCUCGCUGAGGUCGAUUCACGACGUUUCAUCUUGGGAGUGCUGCGUUGCAUCUACGGACGACUGCACGUCGUUGAUGAUUCGGGCGAGAUGGAAGUUUGCAUUGACUCAAUAUCAGGCCGAGCACCGUCACCAAGCAUGCUCAACAAGCUCGUCGUCAUCAAAAGAGGCGAAGUAAUGUGUGAAGGCGCAUUCGUCGGCGCACGUGCGGCGGUUAUGAAGCUCGGCACCGCCCAGGUGCGAUUGAGCGUGAGGACCGACGCGGACGCCAUCGUACUCAUUCAAGCGUCUACGUGCGGUGGUAACACAUUGAACCGAGAUCCAUUGGUUGACGUUUCACAAAAGAACGGAAUGAUGUUUGUCGCCGCGGCGUUGGCCGCGCGAGGUUCGCCGCUCCUGGCUCCCAGAUUGAACGCCUCUACAAUAACUCAUAAUAUUCUCGCGCCGACUUGGUGCUUCACGUUGGAGACUUCGGAAGAGAGUUGUUCCACGAGUGUGCUUGCUCACGACGCAGAUGGAAGUUUACGCACGUUGAAGGGCGUCAUUAGGAACACGAAGCACUCGGGUAAGACAAAAGUUUCGAUUUCCUUCGGUAAGCAAAACGGUUGGUUCUGUCUGAUGCGUCGAGGUGCGAAGUACUUGAUUCCUGUCGCUCCUAUCAUGAAGUGGGAUGCGUCGAACUUUAUAGCAUUCGAUGGUGACGACGCGGAGACGUACGUUUUACCGGAUGAUGAUGAUGAGGAUGACGACAACGUGCUUGAGGAUGGACCUACCGUUUGUGACGUGCGCGAUGUUGUCGUAUGGGAGCGAGUUUACUCGAGACACCCCUAUCCGGGUGACCAGCUGGGAGGGAAAAGUGAGUUGGUAUCGUUUAGAUGCGUCGUCGUCGAGGAGGAAUGGCACGCGAGCGAGAGAGAUCCAAACUCAAAGUUUGGCGUCGAACCACAUCUCAAGGUGCAAGACUUGGCGACAAACGACGUCGUGAAAAUAUAUUGCAAAACCUCCGCCUUCGCUCUUCCAGUUGGCGUCGGCAUAGGGGCGAAAAUUACGAUACAUCGUGCGAUGCGUCACCUUUCAUCGUCACUGAGCAUAUACGUCAAGAUCAAUCCCGCGGUGACGACGAUUGAGGUUAACGAACCAUGCGGAGCGACAUCUGAAUAUUUGCCAUGGUUGACUAGUCUUUCGACGACGCAACGUUCGAUUGGUUCGAUGUUCGAUGAAGACAUCGCGCGAGCAAAUCAAGACAUGGUCAUUGAUAGACGAACGUACGCUAUCCGAGCGAGGGUCAAUCGUGUCACUAGGCUCACGGUUCGUUGGUGUUGUCCGGCGUGCGGUUGCGACGCCGGUUCCAUAAUGCGCACGACAUCCACCGUGGCCUCGAACGGUGCCAUAAAGCGCAAAUUACCCGCAAUGCUGUCGGGCUGUGACGUUUGCGAACCAAAAUCUCGCGGAGCGAUGAGGCCGGGCGUUUUCGACGUGGAGGCGUCGGUGACUCUAGACGACGGCACCGCUCGAGGCGAUGCUUGGCUCAUCGGUGAAGCGGCUUUGGCUCUGACGCCUAUUCAGGUGAGGAAUGAACUUCUGGCGCUCGUGAAGAAACACGGUCGCGUUACCGCCGUAUUUACAAGGAGUAGCGACGAUGAACGAGAUAUGGGAGCGGUGGGAGGCGGCAUCGUUGUGCGUGGUCAUGCCUCGAACCUUCUCGGAGGCAAAGACUCGGCGACUGUCCGCGCGGCGAUCUCGUACGCCGAGUCUCUGCCCGAGAUGAUAUUCAACUGCAGCAGAUCAUACAAAUUUGAUAAACAGAACGGUGUGACGAGUACGACGAGCGCGUCCGCGUUCUCGUAUAGGACCACCGAGAACGCGGACGAGCGUGUACGGUGUGGAGACUACGACGUUGUCACGAGCGCGAUACCAGAGUUACAACUUCAGUGCUUGAGCGUCAACCCGGUCGAUGCGAAAGCAGAAAUACGUUUGAGACUCUCUCGCGUGCGUGAGUCACCGUGA